AUGUCGACCGAAAUGGAAGUGGACCCUCCUGUUGCCCAGGAGGAGGUGCCCGAGCAGCAGGAGCCGGAGCAGGAGCAGAACCGUGGUUUCGAGCCUCACACACAGUCCGGCGCCGUGGCCGUGCGCAGUAUCGAGGGAUGGAUUGUCAUUGUGUCCAACAUCCACGAGGAAGCUUCAGAAGAGGAUAUUACCGAGCUUUUUGCCGAGCAUGGCGAGAUCAAGAACUUCAACUUGAACCUUGACCGACGGACAGGUUAUGUCAAGGGAUACGCAUUGAUCGAAUAUUCGACUCUCCCGGAAGCCACUGAGGCUAUCAAGAACCUCAACAAUACCAAGCUCCUCGAUCAGACCAUUCAAGUCGACUACGCAUUCGUUCGCCCACCCCCGGGUGGCAAGGGAGGAGCCAAGGGACAGGGCAAGGGAGCUCGUGGUGGCCGUGGUCGUAGCCGUAGCCCCAGCCCGAUCCGCCGAAGUCGCAGCCCGGAAGCUGAUAUCAACUAA